GGGAGAGGGAAUGGAAGGGCAAGAGGAGGAGGGGAGAGGAAGUGACAGUGGAAGAUAUCUAUGACAUUGCAAGUUUGCAAAAAAGAAAAUGGAUAACUAUACAGAGGCUCAGGUGAAAAUACCUUUUGGAAGCAAGUAUCUAGAUGCUGCUUUUUCCAUCCCUGAGAAGAUUCUACCACAUGCUGUAAUUCUUACUCAUGGAGCAUCUGGCGAUAUGAAUUUUUCUCAUCUGAUAUCUUUGGCAAACUACCUUGUCUGUCAUGGAUUUCUGUGCCUUAGGUUUACCUGCAAAAGCCUGAACCUUGUCUAUCGAACUAAAGCAUAUAAGGCUGUUCUGGAAUAUUUAAGAUCUUCUAGUGACUAUAACAUUUCAGGCGUUUUUCUUGCAGGUCGUUCAAUGGGUUCCCGUGCUGCUACUUCUUUGACACGGCAAGCUGAUCAAGAUAACGAUAGCUUCAUUCAAGGGCUGAUAUGCUUGUCUUAUCCACUGCACCGGCCAAAGCUUCAGUCCAAACUUCGAGAUGAAGAUUUAUUUUUUAUCAAGUCCCCUGUGCUAUUUGUGUCUGGCAGUGCGGACGAGAUGUGUGAUAAAAAAUUGUUGGAAGGAGUUGCAAUGAAAAUGAAAGCACCUCAGGAAAUCUAUUGGAUUGAAAAAGCAAAUCAUAGCAUGGCUGUAAAAGGACGAACUACAGAGGAUGUCUUGUUAGAAAUAAACAUCCAGGUUUUGUCUUGGAUCAAAGAAGUCAUUGCAUAAGAACAUAUACUGUUACUAGUACACAGCACCUGCCCAAUGACUAUUUGUAAAUGUGAAUGAUUAAUAACACCAUUGGAGUAAAAAAAUCCAGCAACCCAGAAAUAUAUUGACGUAACAAACCUGCUUAUCUUCCGUGAUUCUACUGUAACGGUGUAUACUUUUUGCCUUUGAUAAUGUGUUUUUCAGUAUUAAAUAGUUAAUGUUCCACACAAAGAGAAAUUUUACUCUGAUUUUUAUUAAUUUUUUUCCUAUAUUUUAUCCAAUUUACUUAUGCAGAGUAGCUUUGUUUUGCAAACACUGUACCACUGUAAAAACACUACCAUUCCACUGUGUGGCAAUUUAAGUUAAUUUGUUUUUUGAAUACGUUGUUUAACCGAGGAGCGAAUGUUUUCCUCAGUUGCUUUAAUAAUAUGACGGGAAAUGAUGAUAACCAAACACAAGUGGUUAACAUAUCAUAACAUAAUAGAUAUUUUACAAAGUGAAUGUAAAAUGAAAUCAAGAGAAGAUUUGAUUACACUAGGAUGUAGUGGUCAAUGAUUCUUCUAUGCACAACUAUUUGAAAAGUUUAAAGUUGAUAAAAGGCUGUAGGGAUCUUGAACACAUUACCAAAAAGGAUAUCCUACCUUAAAACCCAGUCUAUCUGAAACACUCAUAUCCAUAAGAUUUAGCUAUCUUAACAGUGUAAGAUGCCUAAGGUUAUUCUCUGUUGUGUGCAAUAUUCAGCCAUGGAAUGCGUACUGACAUCAUUAGUAGAAUGUUACUGCUCAUAUCUCUUUAUUUAUUGGCAC